CGCUCCGCGCGGAAGGCAGGAAGCGGCGCGUGGGCAGUGUCACCGCCUGCGUCACACGCCAGGAGGGAGUUUUCCACUGACGAAAAGACUGCGCUGCUCAGCCGUCUGCUUCAGACAAGAGGAACAGCUUCAGCUGCUGCUUCAGUACGCCGAGCGCACAAUAGCCUCACGGACAGAACGGGAUCUCUGUACGGAUAAACGCGCUCUCGUAUCACUUGGAUUAUUACUGCUUCUUCCUUUCCUCUAUUGUGAUAUACUAAUGCUGAUCGGACACGUUAUUGAUCACCAAACGCUAGCGCCAUGAGCGGGGUUCUCAAGAGGAAGUAUGAGGAGGUGGAGGAGGACCCGUGCUACUCUUCCUCCUCCCCUUCUUCUCUCUCCUCCUCUGCCUACUCGGAGUGGGACUCGGAUGGGGAGAGCUGCUACUCCGACACACUGGAUUCGACCCCCAGCAACCCCAGCUCCCCAGCAACAUCCUUAAACACCACAUCUAUCCUGAAGAAGGCCAAGCGCUCACGGCGAGGCAACGUCCAGUUUGACCAGGUUACAGUCUUCUUCUUUCCUCGCUGUCAGGGCUUCACCAGCGUGCCCAGCCGGGGAGGUUGCACCCUUGGCAUGGUGCAGAGGCACAGUGCCCAGCGCCACUACUCAAUAGCGGAGUUUGCCAUAGCACAGCGCCACCUACGGCAAGAGAAAAUCAAAAACCGAUUGAGGGAGGAAAAACUGGAAGCUCUUAAGCUGAAGCUUACCAAAAAUGGUACCCAGGAGUCCGAAGAGGCUGACGGGUUGACUAUCGAUGACAUCCCAGAGGAUGAAAUCGACCUCAGCGGAGUGAACUUGGAUGACGGCUCCUUCCUGCAUCCCUACCCCUCCAAGAGAAGAUACGCCAUCCUUAAAGCCGCUGGCGUGAAGAAAAUUGAUAAAGAUGAGAAGCGUCAACUGCAUGAGUUGCGUACUUCGAGAGAAGACUGUGGAUGCGACUGCCAGGGCUUCUGCGAGCCGGAGACCUGCAGCUGUAGUUUGGCCGGGAUCAAAUGUCAGAUGGACCAUUCAUCCUUCCCAUGUGGCUGCACUAAAGACGGCUGUGGGAACACGGCAGGCCGCAUCGAGUUCAACUCCAGCCGAGUUCAGACCCACUACAUCCACACCAUCAUGAAGCUAGAGCUGGAGAAGCGUUUGGAAGAGCACGCGCCAGAGAGCAAAACCCCGUCUGAAGAUCUGCCAGACUGCAGUUCCCCAAUCCACCCAGCAGAGAGCAGCACCACGCCAGACAGACCCACGUUUCACUUCAACUCGGAGCUAGUAGCCGUGGGAGAGAACAGCUGUAGCAGCGACAUGACCGAUUCGUCUAGUUCUUCAGGCCAGAGCGAGGACUUAGAAACCAUCGAAAACGCUCAGAGUGAGCAGUCGCCGCUAGACGUCGAUGAAAAUGGACUUACAAGAAUCCUAAGCUUUAGCGACACAGACAGCGAGGACUGUUCUGUCAGGGAGCGCAACAACAACAACAACAACUGUGACUACCAGCAGAAAAAGAGCGAGUCCAUGGGCUACGGCAUCUUCAGCACGACAGACGACAAGCUUAGCACGUCACAAACGGACAACAGCCGCACAGCCAUGUCUGAGCUCCUAGACGAGAACGCUAAUCAAGCUAACGCUCUAUUCCACAGUGGCUUUGUCCCCCACACGCCCUCGCCCUCCAUCGAUCACUCGGCCAGCUACAUGGACUUGAGCCUCUCAUCCGAAUCAGACCUGGAGUUCUUCGACGGCUUUCCUUGCCUUGGACCGAGCUCGCUGUACAACUCCUUAAAGGAGUACGAACACGUGGACAACUUCUUUCAGUUCCAGUUGCCUACUUACCCUAGCCUUCCGCAGGCCGCCGACCCGGGCACGUGUCUUCUGGAGUCUCUGAUUGGCUUGUCGGAUUCGGUCCCAGAACCUCCGGCAACCUUCACAGACAAUCAAAUGCUUGAAGACGCCAUGAAGCUUUCAGUGAUGGAGUCUGUAAAAGUCUAACGGGGGCUCUUCUGUACAAAUGAACUGGGGGAUUGUAAAUGAAUGCUAUACGUUUUGUUUUUCUUUACUUUAUGAAUGGAGACCCUCCAUCCCAGGAUAUCAAUAUUCGCAUUAUCUGCCUUUACGAUGUUAGCAAAGCAUUAAGUUAUUAUAACAAUCUUUAUUAUCAUUAUUGCCAUUUCUGUGGCAGCUAACAUUUCAGUUCACAAACAAGCCUGGCCGACUGAAUUUUGGAUAUUUGUACAUAUGGCCAGGAAGGUGAAGAACUUCUCACCUGCAUUGGUGGUAUUAUCAACAUUAACCAUUAUUAUUAUUAUUAUCACUAAGGUUAUUUAUAUGAAUCCAGAAGGGGCACCAAUGGGAGUCAUAAUGCUGAUUAUGCAUCUCAGGGACUUUUUCUAGCUUUCAGAAGCAAUGCAUUUUGACCAUCGCUGUUAUUUGGCAUUUUUUCAGAGAAUUUCCACCAAAACAAACAGCAUUUAAAACGGCCCCCUUUUGGAGGGGCUUCUGUCUCAGUCGUUUUUUGGACUUGAGAUGGUGGUCUGUACUUAUUUUGCAAAGCUAGAGGAAGACUCCUGUUCCACAAAACGGCUCCUUGGGAUUUUCAAACGGUACACAAAUCCCCCAGAGGCUCCUCAGUUAGCACUUUAUCUGUGAAAAAAUGAACCAAUCAGAGCGCAGAAUGGGUCGGCCCCGUCGCCUCUGAAUCUGAGAUUGUUUUCAUGCCAUUUUAUGGUGUUGGAUCAUCAGCACAAGGUGGAGAAAAGUGAACGCUUAACUUUUAAUUUAUUCUACACGCCGCAGAUAUCGUGUAAUGCAACUGUGAUAUCUGUUGACCAUUAUUUCCAAUUGCUUUUAUUUAUUCUUACCGAGUUAUUUAUUUUAUUUUUUUCUCCGAAUGCCAGCUGAAUAUUAUCUGAGCCACACUGUGCUCUCGAGAAGUGGAAAUAAUGCAGCUUGUUCACGUUUCUCACCUAAGUUACAUUAACCUGUGUGAAGCACAUCUUUGUUUCAGCUGUGGAGGAAGGGGCACCAACUGCAAAGUAUUUAAUAAUCUAUUCUAUUACUAUGAAGUAACACUUUUGGUUAAAUUAUUUCACGUUUAGCAUUUCAGCAUUAAUUUAUUCAAGGUUCGGGCAAUAAAGAGAACGGUGUGUUAAACAAAAGAAAAGCUGACUCUUUGUGCCUGUUUGAGCCGCUCGAGAUGAUGCUGUAUAACCUACCUAUUGAUUAAAAAUAAUCCGAGUUUCCGAUGAUAUAGAGAAUUAACAUUUUGUAACUAAUGUAGAUUUGAGAGAAUUCUAAUCUGUUUAUUGACAAAUUAUUUUAUUAAGAAAUCAACAUUGUUGUUCAAAUAUCGAAACGUUUGUAAUAUAUUAAUAGAGCUAAAUCUAUGCUUGAAAAAUGUAUUCUGGCCAGGCAUAAAGCGGGGGUUUACUUACGAUGUAACUACCUAAACAAAUUUACCAAGAUUGUACUCUGACUGGUUGGGUGAACACAACUGACAACAUGAAUUGUGGGUAUAGUUUCAAAAACGUUUUGUUGAAUAAUAAUAAUAAAAACCCUGCAUAUAUUAUGCAACGUGUAUCAUAUUAUGCAAAUUUGUGUUGCCCAUAUGGUUUUCACUUCACAGUGAAGAAGUUUGUAUGUUUCUGAAUGAGCUUUGAGGAAAUGAAUCGAUGUACAUAUCUGACCAUCCAGACUUCAGCUGUCGGCGCAGAGUUAUUUGACCCGAUAGGAGCAUUUGCAUGCGACAACCGUUCAUUUGUCUCAGUACUACAUGCGUUUAGAGCAAAAAAAAAAAAAAAAUGCACAAUCAGAAAUGUAUUUGCUUCAUUUUUGCCUUCACGUGCUGUUCUUGAAGCUAAUAGCUUCAUUCAUUGAGUCCAGCUUAUUCCCUUGUAAAGAUGUAUCGCCUCAUCGCCAUGAAAUGGAAAUGAUUGGUAUUUAUUAGUCAUGAUUGAUGUAUGUUUUGAUCUCUGAUGCUUUUCAAAGUGUUUCUUACUUCUGCCUUUUUUGUUGUAUAUAUUUUCUGCUUCGACGAAACUAAAGACAAAACCAAGCAGUUCUUUUAUAUUAUAUAUUUUCACGCUUAACAGUUUCAAGCUGUUCAUUUCAUUCGAGUCAUUUGACAGUAGUUUGUCCCUUCAAAAUAAAAGUCAAGCUUUUUCUUAUA